CCGCGUACCGGCAUUGCCAUCUAGAACUUAGAACUUUCCACGGACAACGAUUGGCCACGGCAAUUUUCUAACCUGUUUAAGCCUUCAAAACCCAUUUGCAAUUUCUAACCACAUUCAUCUCUACAGCCAAAGGUAUACAAGCAACGAAAAAUGGCAUCGGUCUACAGCUGCAAAGAGUGCGGAGCCAAUCUAAACCUCCACACGUUCCAUCUCUACCCACCGGAUUUCUAUUUUGAGGCAGGCAAUAAAGGGACUCUUUCUUUUGCCAUGAUUGACUCUUCCAAAUUCAGCUACCAGAAGGAAAACAAGUUCGUACCUUUUUUCGAGACAGUCAAUUAUUGGGGCAUCCAAAGGAAUCGAACCAAGAUCAAGUGCAAUAGUUGCGGCAAACGGGUCGGUUAUAUUUACGAUGACGGGCCACCCAUGACUGAUAGUCCGGGCCAGCUCCAUAUGGGACCUAGUCAGGUUAUUCCUAGAGCUCCAAGGUACAGAUUCAAGACCAAGGCUUUAAGGAUCACUUCAGAGACCUGAGCAAGAUUGUAUUUUUUUUCCCUUGGGUUUUGGGUUUUAUGAUGAUGGGUGCUUCCCUUGUAUUUUGUGGCCUUUAGGGCGUCUAUACUCUAGAGAGUCUUGAUAUAGAAGGUGUAUUUUUGAAUCUGUUUUGUAAAAAAUGGAAUUGUUGGAAUAAAGGCUUCUUUUUUGUUA